CGUUCUGGCAACACUGGCGCCGAGGUGUUUAUGGCGCCUGACAGUACGCGGGGAAGGUCUUAUUUUCAUCAUUAUUCACCUUGUUGAGUCAGGAUGGUGAAGUUCGCAGAGGCUGAGAAGCGUGGGCGUGGCGGUGAGGGCAGCGACCGCCGGUACACCCCGGUGGUGAUGGUGGAGCGCGCCAAGAUGAGCCGCGCCAUGUGGGAGUCCCUCAAGGCGCACAUCAUCAGGGACCGGAAGAGGAAAAAAGAAGAGCAAGAGGCGGACGCAGAGGAGGAGCGAUUACGUAAGGAGAGAGAGACCCGCAAGAAGCAGCACGCCAUGACGCUGGAGGAGACGCGGGAGAAGAUUACGCAGAUGGAGCAGGACCUCAACGACCUCAAGAAGCAGAAGCACCAGCUGUUCCAGGAGCUCAAAGUGGUGCUCAACGAGGACGACACGAGGAAGCGAGCGCAGCAGCAGCAGAACUACCUGAAGGAGAGUGAGCUCAUGACGGUGCACCCCUACCCCCACGGCACCAUCCCUCUCGGCGGACACCCUCAGAUGCUGUUCCAGUCCAACUUGGUGCCAGGCAGAGGCCCCAUACACAGCUACAAGGUGCCGCCCUCACAGCCACAGCCCCUGGUGCCCCCGGGCUCUCUGAAGCGCUCCCGCACCCCAUCCCCUUCCCCGCCACAGCCGCCCUACCAGCAGAUCUCCUACACCUUCAAGAACUUACCCGGACACCCACCAUCUAGUGUGCCGGUCACCCCACCCACCACCAAGUCCACCAGCAACACCAGCGUCUACGUCACGGGGCAGUCGGCGUACUAUCACGGGGCGUCACAACCCCACGCCCCGGCCACCCAGUACCAGCGGGGCUCUCAGGGCGUCACCUACCUGCCCCCCUCCAACCCAGCCCACCCCACACCCUCCGCCGCCCCGCCCCCGACGCAGCCCCAGCAGCCCCCACAGCCCCGGGAGGAUAAACACCUUCAGCCAGUGUACCUGCAGAGUAGUAGAGCAUCCAUCCUCGCAGGGAGCCACGUGUCGUCACUCCACCAGCCGCUGGACCACAAGAGCAAGCCUGGCGGGGGCGGGGGAGCCUUCCUGCCGGGGGGCGAGGGCGGGGCGGGGCAGGAGAAGUACUUCCAGUCGUCUGUGCGCUCCCAGUUGGCGCUCCACUCGGCAGUCUUACCCGUACAGCAGCCUCACCCAGCGGGCGCGAAGAGUGGCAGCAUAACAUCAGGCUUCCCCGUGCGUUCUGCUCCCUUGCCUUCCUCCCAGACGACCGUGGUGACCGCGCCACACUCCGUCAAGCCCGACAACAAGCCUAGGUCGUACAGCACAGCCCCCACCAACUACACCCGCAGCCCCUACUACUGAGCUCUCUGCCCUUACACUCCACCAGAAGAUGGGGGUGAUGGGGAGGCUGAGUCUGCCCAUCUUACACAGCCCCUCCACUGCAGGGGUUAAGAGUCAGGGACUGCAUCGUCCUUGCCCUCCACCUAUUGCCAAGAUUGAUAGGAAGCUGCAGACACCCAAGACUGCAGGACAGAGUUGUAGGAUCACAGGACAGGGGCAGCUGGACACACCCUGUACAAGACCAGUUUUCCCAAGGAUGAAAAUAUCCCACAAGGCAGGAGUAACAGACAAAGCACAGCAAUGUUGCAGUUGGCAAAGCGUGCAACGAGAGGGUCCAUGGAAUAGUAGAGGGAAAUCCAGGCAUGUUAGGUGGAUGGGGAUGUUUGAUACCAUUUUUGGCAACUAAGAAUGUCACAUUGAUAUGGACGUGCAGCAUGUAUACAGGAAUUCUAGCUCUACAAGCAACCUCAAGAGGCACAUCUAGUAGCCCCUACUUAGGGUAGUGGUCCAGGUAUAUGAUCUUGAGGAUUUGAGUUUGCCACCUGUGUAUCUAUACCAGGCUUGCAGGAAGUACAAAGGGUCAUGUGUUGGGAGAGUUUGUUUGUUCAGUGUGGCCACAAUAUAGGUGUAAAUAAAAUCAGGAAUAUCCCAGGGUGUGGGAUAGUUUAGAUUUAGUCCAGAGCAAUUAAUACUAAUAUUUGCAUUUAGUAAAGCACAUCCUCAGGACAUGGAGUGUGUCACCCCUAUGGGUUCAUCUGCAGUCAUAAAUAUUGCCUAACUUGUGUACAUAGCCAUCUUUGUAAAUAGCUCAGGUUGAGUAUUUUGGGUAUAAAUAUACUUGGGAGUAAG